AUGUAUUCCUCCGCACCCAUUGAUCAACCAAUGGCUCAACCCAUAUACACCCCCGACGAGAUCGGCUUCGAUGCACCGUCCAAACGAGAAGCCCUAUCAAUGCCCCCCUUGGUACGCAAUGAGUCCCAUUACGACAUGGUCGAUAGGAGCACCGGUUGCAUGAGCCCUAGCACCGAGCUAGACGGCAAGAAUCGGCACUCCACGAGGCGUCGGAUCCAGGUUGCAUGUAAUCGGUGCCGUAAACGAAAGAUUAAGUGUAGCGGCGAUCCCGGCGAUGGACAGGGCUGCUCCAAUUGCCGCACAGCGGGAUUCGCGAGCUGUCAGUUCUUAAGAGUGAACUCAUCCAUAAUGCAGACGAAAGUCGGUGGGUGGGCUUGCCCUUCGGCCACUGCUACAAUGUCAUCUCACAGACCGGGCUUGUAUGUACCCUCUAUGACUCCAAAGGUAGGGGGAGCUUCAAUGACGGCCCCUCCUACCUCUCGCAUGGUAUCCUUCACGCGGACGGCCAACUAUGCCGGUGGUAUAGAGUCAGCCCAUUCACCGAGUACAUACCACCGGUUCCCACUCAGCAUCGACCCCCCGGUCCACUACGAAGACGAUGCCUCGGCGUACGCUGUCCCAUCUUCAGCGUAUACGAUGCCCGGUUUUGCCCCGAAUGUGUUUAUGGAUUUCUACCCGUGGAAUCCGAAGGCUUGGCAUAGCGUUCCUGUUGGCAGGACUCCCACUGGACCAGUUUUCUCAGACAGCGAUGCUGAGGCUGCCUUGGGUCCCCCAGGGGUUUUCAACCCUACUCAAUCGACCGAAGGCCCGCCCAUCGUACCCACCAUGGGCUUUUCUGCGGCGGAAGGGCAAGGGGAGAAUCGGACGCUCUCCAACCUUGGUCGGAACCAGGCCCAGAUGGGGCUGGGUGCCUUCACCACACCCGAAGCAGCCCUCUCUGGGCUUCCCCAUGACGGUAGAAUGGGCAGCUGGACCCCCAAGGGGGCCUUCCUGAACCAUGGCAAUAUGCCGAAUCCGCACGGAGGAUGCAGAAGCGGUCUCCUCAACCGGUCCAAACCGACAGCUGAAAGCCUCUAUGGGUUGUUGCCAUCCAGUGGCCCGUCGUCGCCUUUAGUUCCCACUACGAUGGAUGCGAUUGAUGCGGGCGAUGGGCAACCGUCGAGGACAUUCUCGCAUAGCCACCUUCCUGAUUACGGCUCCGACACAUAUGUUUAUAGUAGCAGUGAGAGACGAGACAAAGGACACUCCAAAGCCGACGGGUUAGAACCCCUGCUAAUGAAUGGGCUUACCUACUCGCGCCCUCACUUUUUGGCGCCCCAUUCCAGUCCUCCGUUGGUUCCCACCUCAGCGUUCCGAUCGACCACGGACAUGCAUCACGCUGCCAUCCCGUCUUUGGGCUCAAGUGAGUACUAG